CACUUGCUGUUUCACACCAAAUAUUCAAAGCAUAUUUGAGUCAAACAUUUCUUCAACUUGCUCCACUUGCUGUUUCCCACGUGAUUUGAUGUUUCCUCUUUCCUUUGUCCAAUUGUUAAUACUCUUGCUCCACUUCCUGUUCCACACCACAUAACUCUUAUCAACAAACCACAACUUUCCGCAAGAAUACUCUUUUCCUAUCUCCAAGUGAAUACUCUUUUCCUCUCUCCAAUGGCAGAAGGAGUACUCUUCAACGUUGCAGAAGGGAUCAUUGGAAGGUUAGGCUCCCUUGCUUUCCAAGAGAUUGCAUUGCUUUGGGGUGUCAAAGAUGACCUCCAAAAGCUGAAGGAGAAAGUUGCCCAACUCCAAGCUGUUCUUCUUGAUGCUGAGCAAAAACAAGCCAACAAUAAUGAAGUCAAAGUAUGGCUCCAAAGCGUAGAAGAUGCAGUUUAUGAAGCUGAUGAUGUGCUCGAUGAGUUUUAUACUGAAGCUCAGUGGAGACAAAUGGUGCCCGGAAAUAAUAUAGUGUCAAAGCAGGUACGCAACUUCUUCUCUAGCUCAAACCAGCUUGUUUUUGGGCUGAAAAUUGGUCAUAUGAUAAAAGAUCUUGACAAGAGACUUCAUGAGAUUACCUCGAAUAGAACAUUCGGUCAAUUAAAAGUGAACCACGAAGAUGCACGAUUUGUAAUAAGAGAGAGGGUCACCCACUCAUUUGUCCGCGAGGAUAAUAUAAUAGGGAGAGAUGAAGAUAAAAGAGCAAUUAUUCAACUUUUGUUGGAUUUGGAUCCCAUCCCUACAAAGAAUGUCUCAUCGAUUUCCAUAGUUGGAUUUGGAGGAUUGGGAAAAACUACACUUGCCCAACUAGUUUUAAACGAUGAGAUGGUUGAGAAGCAUUUUGAGCUGAAAAUGUGGAUAUGUGUGUCAAAUGUAUUUGAGUUGGAUAUACUUGUUAAGAAAAUCAUUCAAUCUGCAACUAAUGACAUAGCCAAAAGCCUUGAGAUUGAUCAGUUGCAAAAAGAACUGAGGAAAAUAAUAGAUGGGAAGAGAUACCUCCUUGUGUUGGACGAUGUAUGGAAUGAUAAUCGUGAAAAAUGGUUUGGCUUGCAAAACUUGUUGAUGGGUGGUGGAAAAGGUAGUAAAAUACUAAUAACUACUCGUAGUGAAACAAUUGCAAAAAUAACAGACACAUCUAAACCAUAUAAGUUAAGGGGUUUAAGUGAAGAGCGGUCUUGGUAUUUGUUUAAGAAAAUGGCAUUCCAAGAUGGAAAAGAGCCAACGAGUUCAACCAUUAAGGCCCUUGGGAAGGAGAUUGCUAGAAAAUGUAAGGGGGUUCCACUUGCUAUAAGGACCAUAGGACGGAUGAUGUACACUAGAGAUCCAGAAACUGAGUGGUCGGCUUUCAAGAAUAACAAGCUUUCAACAAUAAGGCAAGAAGAAAAUGAUAUUUUACCAACACUUCAGCUGAGUUAUGAUGUUCUUCCAUCACAUUUGAAACAUUGUUUUGCUUAUUGUAGUUUGUUCCCGCCUGAUUAUGAGAUUCCUGUAGAGAAUUUAAUAAAGUUGUGGGUGGCACAAGGGUUCGUUAAGUCUUCAAAUCCUAAUGAGUGCUUGGAAGAUGUUGGUUAUGAAUAUUAUAAUGAACUAGUUUGGAGAUCUUUUUUCCAAGAAGAAGAAAAAGAUGAGUUUGGUAUAAUUAAAAGCUGUAAAAUGCAUGAUCUCAUGAAUGAACUUGCUGUUAAAGUGGCAGGGGAGGGAAGCAGAAUAAUAGAUGUCAAUCAGACUGAUUUUGAUGCAAAACGUCUUCUUCAUGUAUCUUUCAAUUUUGAAGUUGAUUUGUUGAAAUGGAAAAUACCAACAUCCUUGCUGGAAUCAAAUAAGCUAAGGACUUUUCUUUUCCUAAGCCAAAAGGAGUGGGGGAUGUCAUUCCGUACUUCAUUUUGUGCUACAAUUGCUUCAAAUUUUAAGUCAUUGCGUAUGUUGAGUUUGAAUGGAUUGGACAUUACAAAAUUGCCAAAAUGUCUUAGGAAAAUGAUACAUUUAAGAUAUCUUGAUCUUAGUGAUAACAAAGAAAUGGAGAGACUUCCCAAUUGGAUAGUCAAACUUCAAAAUUUGGAAACAUUAGAUCUCUCAAGAUGUGAGUCUCUUGUGGAAUUGCCUAGAGAUAUCAAGAAAUUGAUCAACUUAAGACAUCUCAUUUUGAAAAGAUGUUAUAAAUUGGCUCGGAUUCCUCGUGGAUUGGGUGAAUUGACUCGUCUUUGUACUUUGAGUAGAUUUGUUUUGAGUGAAAAAAAAUCCAUGUUGAGGGACUGUGCAGGGCUCAGUGAGUUGGGGAAGUUGAAGGAUUUAAGAGGAGAGUUGGAGAUCAAAAAUUUGAGGUACAAGAAAGAUAUGGUGUCAGAAUUGAAUUAUGAUGGUGCAGUUUUGAAGGAGAAACGACAUCUCUAUUCAUUGACUUUAUAUUGGAUGCACAUCGAAAGAGAAAAUAGUGAUGUGGUUGAGGAGGAGAGUGAUGUAAUUAUUAAGUCAAUGGAAGCGCUGCAGCCCCAUUCAAGUCUAAAAGAGUUAACCCUGAAGUACUAUAUGGGUGCGGGGUUUGCGAGUUGGUUUCAUUCUCUCCCAAAUAUUGUUAAUCUCACUAUUUGGCAUUGCCCGAAAUUGGCGUCACUACCAGAAGGGAUGGGCAACCUCAAAUCACUUCAGUUUCUUUUGAUAUGGGAUUGCCCUAAUUUGGCAUCACUCCCAGAAGGGCUUCGUUGGCUCGCCUCAUUAAAAAAUUUGAGAAUUAAGCGUUGCCCUAUCUUAAAGCAAAGAUGCCAGAGAGAAACAGGUGAAGACUGGUCCAAGAUUGCUCACAUUCCAGACGUUCACAUUGGUCUAUAGCCUGGUCCAUUUUAUGAUCUUUAAGGGUUGGGUCAGUGCACUAAAAACUCUUGUGAUUGUGCAACAGCAGGUCACCAACAAAGUGUGAUUAAAAGAAGAGACUGAUUAGGCAUCCUGAUUUUGUUCAUACAAGUGACUCAAUUGUACAUGUGAUGAAUUUAGUGUAGCGAGAUGGCUGGGUAGAGAGAGUAGUGCUUUGUCAUCUUGGAAUUGAAGAUGUCAAACAGUAACACUAGGUUCUAUUCUGUAUCAAUUGGAAAUUGAGUAUUCCUUUAGUUUGGCAUUAUCUUCCAGAAGAGACAGACAACCUCACAUAACCUCGAUGGCUUUCAAUUCAGAGUUUACCAUCACUGCCCGAAAGGAUGCGCCGCCUCACCGUUUUAAGCCAGUUCGAAAUUGGAUAUUAUUCCUUCACACAGAAAAGCAAAAACAAAGAGGGCAGAUUUUUCGGGUCCCGUGUGAGAAUCGAAGUUCCCUUGAGCGGUGUGCAUGAGGAGAAUUGAAGUUCACUUGAACCAUAUUCACGAGCAUAAAUAAAAUACUGAAACAAGCAUGACCAAGUGUUCUUUAAGCUUAGAUGGCGUUAUGGCUUCGGAAGAACUAGGAAAAGAAUAAUAGGUAACUACUUCAUCAUAUGUAAUUGUUAUACAUUUCCACGGAUCAAACAAACAUUUUUCAAUUAUUCAAUUCUCAAAAAAAUUGUUCAUAUGGUACUAACAUUUGUUUACUAGUUACUUCCAUACACAUGCAGUGGAGAGAAGAAGAAAUAGAUGGAGUGAAGAAAGCCAAUAGCCAUCAUUCAAAUAUGUGUUCCCUGUUAAUGCACCUGGGGACCUUGUAAGAGUGCUGGAAGAGUGUGGUUCGAAGUGUGCUCCAGUCUUGUGGGGCACUUCAGCAGUUGAGAGAGCUUCAGUAUCCCAAGUGUGGUAUCUUGUGCUGCAGUGUCAAGCAACGUUCCUCCGUUCUGAUUUCGUGUUUUUAAAUUUAUUUUUUGUUAUUUUUUGUUAUUUUUUGUUUUGUUUCCUAUUUCGAACCAGAUUGGAAAAGACUUAGAGUGCUCUUGUACUUGUAAUCUUCUUAUUCAAUUAGUGAAAAACCCUAGCAACCUCGUGGACGUAGCUCAAUUAUGAGUGAACCACCUAAAUGGAGUAGAAUUUGCUCUCAAAUCAUGCGAUGAUGUUUUAUUUAUUCAAUUAUAUAGAUGACAGGUGAUUAAGAGUAUUUAUCUCUGUA